GAGGCGGAGAAAGAGCAGCGCCUUUUCAGCGAGCUGCUUGGAGACUCCAGAUACAAGCCCCUUGGUCGUCAGCUUGAUGCCAGAGCCCAUCGUCUUAUCGCUGCAAUUGAAGACGUCGACUAUGCAGAGAUAUUAUUCCAAGAACUCUGCACCAAAGACAUUACUAUGAUUACUGGCGAGAGGGGCUCAGAAGAGGUACACGAGGGCGUGGAAGAAGUCAUCGACUUCUGCAUCUCUAACAUUGAGACUAUCCGCAUCAUCACUACCAUAGUAGAUCGAGGUCGCAUCACCUGCCCCGUCAAAGUUUACAAUCGUUUGGAUGCGUCCACCUACAAGCAGCAACGGAUGGUCAUGAUCUUCGAUGCUGACGAUAGCGGCAAGAUCAAGAGACUCGAGAUGAGACUCCUUGGCGAGGUCGAGCAUAAAACAGGCUGUGUGUGGGGAGGUGAGGAAGCCCAUGAGGAACUACAGGCAGACAACGGCCUU